CUGGACUUGUGAACUUCUGCCAGAAGAGACUGAAUGUGCGCCCUUCCCCAUGCUGGGGAGGCAGGGCUGAUCUGGAGUGCAGAGGACCAUGCCGGUGGCGAGAGGAGUUGCUGGCGUGCAGUAGAGCCUCUCGGGGAGAAAUGUCAGCUUGGACCAUGGGAGCCCGUGGUGUGGACAAGCGAGGAAGUUUCUUUAAGCUCAUUGACACAAUUGCCUCGGAGAUCGGAGAACUGAAACAGGAGAUGGUGCGGACAGAUGUCAGCCUGGAAAAUGGCCUGGAUCCCGCUGAAACCCACAGCAUGGUAAGACACAAGGAUGAUGGCUAUCCCGAGGAAAAGGAUGUGAAGACCUAUGCCCGGGACUCUGGCUAUGACAGCCUCUCCAACAGGCUCAGCAUAUUGGACCGGCUCCUCCACACCCACCCCAUAUGGCUGCAGCUGAGUCUAAGUGAGGAGGAGGCAGCCAACGUCCUGCAGUCCCAGCCUCCAGGGAUCUUCCUGGUUCAUAAAUCCACCAAAAUGCAGAAGAAAGUCCUCUCUCUCUGCGUACCCUGUGAAUUUGGAACCCCCCUCAAGGAAUUUGCCAUAAUGGAAAGCACAUACACCUUUUCCCUGGAAGGCUCAGGAAUCAGUUUUGCAGAUUUAUUCCGGCUCAUUGCUUUCUACUGCAUCAGCAGGGAUGUUCUGCCGUUUACCUUGAAGUUGCCUUAUGCCAUUUCAGCAGCCAAGACUGAGGCUCAGCUUGAAGAACUGGCCCAGCUGGGACUAAAUUUUUGGAGCUCUCCAGCUGACAACCACCCCCCAAACCCUCCACCUCUCCAUAGGCCUCUGUCCUGCGCCGGCGUCUGUCCUGCCUCCUUGCGCCAGCUCUGCCUCAUAAAUGGAGUGCAUUCUAUAAAAACCAGGACGCCUUCGGAGCUGGAGUGCAGCCAGACCAACGGAGCCCUGUGUUUCAUUAAUCCUCUUUUCUUGAAAGUGCACAGCCAGGACCUCAGCGGAGGCCUGAAACGGCCGAGCACAAGGACUCCCAACGCGAAUGGCACUGAGAGGCCUCGGUCGCCCCCGCCCAGGCCCCCGCCACCCGCUAUUAAUAGUCCCCACACAAGCCCUGGGCUGUCCGGGACUGAAACCCAGACGAGCAUGCCAGAAACAGUCAACCACAACAAACAUGGGAACGUAGCCGUGCCUGGCACUAAACCAACUCCCAUCCCUCCGCCCCGGCUGAAGAAGCAGGCGUCUUUUCUGGAAGCGGAAGGCAGCGCGAAGACCUUGACCGGCGGCCGGCCCGGCCCGGGCGGGGAGCGGGAGCCGCGCGCAGGCGGCGGCGCAGGUGGGGCCCCGCCCGGGCAGGCGGCGGCGGCGGCGGCGGGUUGCACAAGGGCCCCGCCGGCCGGCUCUGAAUCACGGCCCCCGGGCCAUGGAGGCAGGCAGAGGCUGAGCGACAUGAGCAUUUCCACUUCCUCCUCCGACUCGCUCGAGUUCGACCGGAGCAUGCCUCUGUUUGGCUACGAGGGGGACACCAACAGCAGCCUGGAGGACUACGAAGGGGAGAGUGACCAGGAGACCGUGGCGCCCCCCAUCAAGUCCAAAAAGAAGAGGAACAGCUCCUUCGUGCUGCCCAAGCUCGUCAAGUCCCAGCUGCAGAAGAUGAGCGGGGUGUUCAGCUCCUUCAUGACCCCGGAGAAGCGUAUGGUGCGCCGGAUCGCCGAGCUGUCCCGGGACAAGUGCACCUAUUUCGGGUGUCUGGUGCAGGACUACGUGAGCUUCCUGCAGGAGAACAAGGAUUGCCACGUGUCCAGCACGGACCUGCUGCAGACUAUCCGGCAGUUCAUGACCCAGGUCAAGAACUAUUUGUCGCAGAGCUCCGAGCUGGAUCCCCCCAUCGAGUCGCUGAUCCCCGAAGACCAAAUAGAUGUGGUGUUGGAAAAAGCAAUGCACAAGUGCAUCUUGAAGCCCCUGAAGGGGCACGUGGAGGCCAUGCUGAAGGACUUCCAUGUGGCCGAUGGCUCGUGGAAGCAACUCAAGGAGAAUCUGCAGCUUGUGCGGCAGAGGAAUCCACAGGAGCUGGGAGUCUUCGCCCCAACCCCUGAUAUUGUGGAUGUGGAGAAAAUCAAAGUCAAAUUCAUGACCAUGCAGAAGAUGUAUUCACCGGAAAAGAAAGUCAUGCUGCUGCUAAGGGUCUGCAAGCUCAUUUACACUGUCAUGGAGAACAACUCAGGGAGGAUGUAUGGCGCUGACGACUUCUUGCCGGUCCUGACCUAUGUCAUUGCUCAAUGUGACAUGCUGGAAUUGGACACUGAAAUCGAGUACAUGAUGGAGCUCCUUGACCCAUCACUGUUACAUGGAGAAGGAGGCUAUUACUUGACAAGCGCCUAUGGAGCACUUUCUUUGAUAAAGAACUUUCAAGAAGAGCAAGCAGCGCGACUGCUCAGCUCGGAGACCAGAGACACCCUGAGGCAGUGGCACAAGAGGAGGACCACCAACCGGUCUAUCCCCUCGGUGGAUGACUUUCAGAAUUACCUCCGAGUUGCAUUCCAGGAGGUCAACAGCGGCUGCACGGGAAAGACCCUCCUUGUGAGACCAUACGUCACCACCGAGGAUGUGUGUCAGCUCUGUGCCGAGAAGUUUAAGGUGGGGGACCCUGAGGAGUACAGCCUCUUUCUCUUUGUUGACGAAACAUGGCAGCAGCUGGCAGAAGACACUUACCCUCAAAAAAUCAAGGCCGAGCUGCACAGCCGGCCACAGCCCCACAUAUUCCACUUUGUCUACAAGCGCAUCAAGAAUGAUCCUUAUGGCAUUGUUUUCCAGAAUGGGGAAGAAGACCUCACCCCCUCAUAGAAGACAAGCAGAACUUCCAAGUUGUGCAUCCAAAGGGGGGCUAGGAGCUGUGACUUCUGGCUUCCAUGUGCUUGAGCUUGAAAAGCAGCCACCUCCUCAGGGCCCCUCAGUUCAAUGACAAAGCCAUCUACAGGCCAACUUGGCCAAAGGCAUCUUUAGCCACACAAGGUUGCUGAGGUUCGUAGAACAGUAGGAUUCUCCUUCAGCAAUGGGAGAGUUGCAGCUGAUGGUUCAGGUGUCCUGAGAUUGUUCACUGCCUACCCCCAGCCAGGCUCUAGGUUGCCUUCCAUGUAUGCAUAUGUGCCGAAUAAACACUUAAAGUACACGCCCUUCUCUUGAAUUCAACGGCAGGUGACAAGACUGUCCGAUGCAGUGCGUCAGAUACUUCUCAGCUCUAUGGAUGGCUCCAUCCUCUCCUUCCUUCCUUCCUUUUUUGUGUUUUUUACAAAGAGCCUUUGUGUUUUUAUAUAUUUCAUAGAAAUUUUUAUAGCAGUUGCAGGCAAACUGUCAGGACUGGUUUUUUAAAUAUUUUUGUAACUUUAAGAUAUUCUGUAAUUAUGCAUGUGAUUUUAACAUUUAAUAUUCGAAAGUAAAUCUCUUGCUGGGUUUGAGAGUAUUGCAUUUUAAAAGUCUCUCUUCUGUAACUGGAUGUUUGGGUAACUUUGUAGGGAGAGACUGCUGGAUUUCUUAAAGCAAUGUAUUCCUGACACUGGCCACAGAAUGCCUUUGGAAAUCUGAUGUACUGUUUUCUUGUUCAUGUUUAGUGAUGUUGUGUUGUUUUGUUUUUUAAACAAAUGAUGCUGAGAAUAAGGAGAGAAAUGAAUGUAGAGAGAGGUAGAGGGAGAAAUACAGACUCUAAGAAAGAACUAAGGAGUGUAGUCUGCUGGUUCAGACUCAUUGAAGGACAUAGGAAAAGGAGACAGAAGGAACCACCUAUGCUUAAAAUACUGGAAAUAUGCAAUGAGAUUUGGCAAAACCUAUUCCGUGUGUUCCAUAUCUUCUAUUGGAAACAAUUCUGAAAACCCCACAAGGAAAAACAAAUCAAGGAUAACACUUCCUCUCACCCCCUCCCCCAAUUUCGACAUAAAUCAAAUUAUUUGGGGCAGAAACCAAGUAAUGUAUAAUGUGGCUUUUAUUGAGUUAAAUAAGAUGCUGUACAUUGGAAAAGAGUUUGAAAAUGCAUCAAAAAAUCCAUCUGUAUUAUAAGAAUGUAUGGCAAAGUUAAAUUUAUGUUUUGUAAAACCAGUUUGCGGAUGCACAGACUAUGAGGGUCUUGUAUCAGUGUAACACAGGUAGUUACAAAAACAUGUUAUUGUGCUGUGUAAAGAUGCGUGGUCAUCUAAUUUGGUUCCCCUUGUACCCUGUACCUUUUUUAGCCUUGGCUUUUGUUGUACUAGGAACCUUCAGCACAUAAUGUGUUGUACUUCCCUUUGUAAAUGACUUUUAAAUGAAAUUUUGCACAUAAUACAUUGUAAUACUGUACGAUAAUCGUGUGUGAAAAUAAUUUUUGAAAUAUU